AUGUUUUCCUCUGUGACGGCUCAUGAGGGCCAGAACUACUCAGCCCUGAAGAAGAAAUGCCGGCAGAGUGGCUCUCUGUUCGAGGACCCUGUCUUCCCUGCCACUGACAAGUCUAUGUUCUACCAGAACAACAACAUUGGCAGAGUCCAGUGGAAGAGACCAAAGGAACUGUGUAGUGACCCUCACCUGUUUGUCCAUGGAAUCAGUGCCCACGACCUGCGACAGGGGCAGCUGGGAAACUGUUGGUUUGUGGCAGCAUGCUCCAGUCUGGCCUCCAGGGAAUCUCUGUGGCAGAAAGUCAUUCCUGAUUGGAAGGAACAGGAGUGGAACCCGGAAAAGCCAGAAUCCUACGCUGGGAUCUUCCAUUUUCGUUUCUGGCGUUUCGGGGAGUGGGCUGACAUCGUCAUAGAUGACAGGUUGCCAACAGUGAAUGGUCAGCUCGUGUACUGCCACUCUAAUGACAGCAAUGAGUUCUGGAGUGCUCUGGUGGAGAAAGCCUAUGCCAAGCUGAACGGCUGUUAUGAGGCCCUGGAUGGAGGCAACACGGCUGAUGCUCUGAUGGACUUCACCGGGGGAGUGUCUGAGCCCAUGGACCUCCUGGAGGGAGGUUACGCCCAGGAUGAGGAGGCUCGGAACCAGCUCUUUGAGCGGGUACUCAAGGUCCACAACCGAGACGGGCUCAUCAGCUGCUCCAUCAGGGCAAACUCCCAGGCAGAGAUGGAGGCCAAACUGGACUGCGGCCUGGUUAAAGGUCACGCAUAUGCAGUGACUGAUGUGAGGAGGGUCCGUCUCGGCCAUGGGCUGCUGGCAUAUUUCAAAUCAGAGAAACUCACAAUGAUCCGCAUGAGGAACCCAUGGGGGGAGAAAGAAUGGACUGGCCCCUGGAGUGACAGUUCAGAGGAGUGGAAGAAGGUCAGUAAGAGUGAGAGAGAGAGGCUGGGUGUGACAGUGCAGGAUGAUGGAGAAUUCUGGAUGACGUUUGAGGAUUUCUGUAAGUACUUUACUGACCUGAUUCUGUGUCGACUGAUAAACACGUCCUAUCUGAGCAUCCAUAAGACGUGGGAGGAGGCCGUGAUGAAGGGCUCCUGGUCCCAGCAUGAUGACCCUCUAAAGAACCGCUCUGGAGGAUGCAUCAACCACAAAGCCACAUUCAUACAGAACCCACAGUAUGUGUUUGAUGUGAAGAAGGUGGAGGACGAGGUUCUGAUCUGUCUGCAGCAGGAGGAUAAGAGAUCUCAGUCUAAAGAGGGCAGAGGAGAGAACCUGGCCAUUGGCUUUGACAUCCAGAGAGUGGAGCUGAACAGGAGCUUCCGUAUGCAUACCACCCAGGACAAAGUGGCCAGUUCCAUUUAUAUCAACUCCCGCUGUGUUUUCCUGCGUAAGGACCUUAAAGAGGGCCGUUACGUCAUCGUCCCCACCACCUUUGACCCCGGCCUGCAGGGAAAGUUCCUGCUGAGAAUCUUCACCGAUGUGCCAUCUGACUGCAAGGAGCUGACCCAGGAUGAGCCUCCACACACAUGUUGGUCAAAUAUGUGUGGUUAUGCACAGCUGGUCUCUCAGGUGCACGUUCUCCAGGCUCGGGGUCUGCAGGCCCAGGACUCAGAUGGAGACCCGUAUGUCAUAAUCAGCUGUGAGGGAGAAAAGGUGCGCUCUCCGGUGCAUAAGGACACACGGGACCCAGAGUUUGACAUCAAGGGACUUUUCUACAGAAAGAAACCCAAGGAGAGAAUCCAUAUUGAGAUCUACAAUAAGAAUGUGUUGAUGGACAGCUUCCUGGGUCAGGUGACCCUAAACGGUGACCCCAACGACCUACAGGAGCAGCACACUCUCCAGCUGCGUGAUAAAGGCAGUCGCCAGAGCAACGACCUCCCGGGCACGCUUGUUGUACGACUUACCACCAGCAGCGUCCUCACCAAGAUCUGA